UAAUUUGACAUUAAUAGAAAAAAAGCUGCUUAAAAAUGAGAUUUUCAGCCGCUGUUUGAGUUUUUCCUUGCAUGUUAGUGAACACUGUGUUAAAGUAAAUAGAAAAGCAGCCACUAGUAGCAGGACGCGACAACUACGUCACUUCCAGUACCAAAUUCCAGCCGCUUGUUAGCUCUGAGCUACCCGCGGCCCAACAUGGCGGAUUUAGCUGCAAUCAGAAGCCAGGUGGCACUGAUCGUGAGCAGCCUGGCCCAGAUGCUGCUGACGGACGUCGACACCGCGGUGGAGGAGCUCUCUAACAGCCCGGAGUCCCAGGCCGAGGAGAAACUGGGAGCAGCAGUGGACAGGUUGUGUCUGGAAGCUGUGGAUAAAAUCCUGAAGAUACUCGAAGCAAACAUGACAAGGCAGGAAGAGACUGUUAGAGAGGCUCCGCCUUCUCCUGAUGAUACUUGUGGAAAGUUAAUGAAGACUCAGACAGGUGAAGGUGAAGAUGCAGGUGUCCAUGACCCCAGCACAGACCACACCUACAUCCUGCUGUACAGAAGCACUGCUGGUGAGUCCAGGAGCCUGCUGGUGGCGCUGCAGAGUACUAACAGUGCUGAUGAUGAAAACAAAACCAGCUCCUCUGAUUCGACGGUUGAGAAAACACAGUUGCACCCCCGCUUCUCCUCUCCUUCAUCUCCAACAAAUGACCAUGCUUAUGCUCAACCAUCUGCGCCGCCUGAUGCUGCCUCAGCAGCAGAGGUCAGAGUCAGGACUAAACACUGCAGCUGGAGGAGACAAAAAACAGUCAAAGUGAGUGUCGAGACUCAUCUGCAGUGCUCGCGGUGUAGCAAGCUGUUUCCCAGUGCUGAGCGGCUAGCUGACCAUGAGAAGAAGUCCCAUCCGCUGUGCUCGGUGUGCGGCACAACGUUCACCGGCAUCUUGAAGCUUCGGGAACACGAGAUCAAGGAGCACGGACGUCUGCCAUACGGCUGUAACUACUGCCCGAAGAGAUUCAACCACAAGACUCAUCGUGACCUGCACGUUAAGGCGCAUCACACCCGUGAGAAGUGCUGCCACUGUGACAUCUGUGGGAAGGGCUACUCUUGCAUCAGUGUGCUAAAAACCCAUAGAAUGACCCACUUUAACAAGACCUUCAUCUGCGAGGUCUGUGGGAAGGCCUUCUACCACACUUCCCACCUGACGCGCCACAAACUGGUGCACCAGGAGGUCCGUCCGUACAGCUGCUCCACCUGCGGGAGGGGUUUCAACCAGGCUGCCAACCUUCGCAGCCACCAAGCAACGCACACUAGAGAGAGGCAGCUCUGCUUCGUCUGUGGCAAGAGUUUCCGAUGCCUAAAGAACCACAUCAUCAGCAAACAUUCACACGAGCUGCCAGCCAGUGCGCUGCCGGCUGCAGACGCCAUCAUCAAGUGUGAGAUGUGCGGGAAGAAGUUCCCCAACCCAUCGCAGUACAAAGCACACCAGCGCAGCCACACUGGGGAAAAACCAUUCCACUGUGAUGUGUGUGGGAAGAGUUACCGGCUCAAAGAGCUGCUGCGGGACCACCGCUACACCCACACUGGACAGAAGCCCUACAAGUGCUCGCUGUGUUCCAAAACAUUCAACCAGGCCACCAGCUUUAUGAGGCACUGCAGCAUCCACAGCGGUGACACGCCAUACAGUUGCCACGACUGCGGGAAACACUUCCGCCUCCUCACCUUCCUCAAGGCUCACCUGCAGACCAGAGCUCACCUGAAGCGAAGUCAGCAGAACCAGAACGCCACCACUGACCUCUGAACGAACUGCUUUUUUUCUCAUUAGGCUCAUUUCUGUUUUGUUAUUCUUGAACAUCCCAGUUUAUUUUUCUGUGGGUGAAGGUACAAUAAAAGUUGAGAUGGAA